AUGAAGGUCGAAGAAGUUCAGAAAUGCCUUGAAACCCUCGAAGAUGAGGAGUUGGAGGUGGACGAAGGAAUUGAGAGGUACCGUAGAAUGCUCAAGAAACUGAAAUUCAAGAAAGACAAAGAAACUCUGAAGUGCCUUGAAACCCUCGAGAAAGAGGAGUUGAAGAUGGACGGAAGAAUUGAGAAGUACCGGAGAACGCUCAAGAAACUAAAGUUCAAGAAAGACAAAGAAGCUCGCAAGUGCCUUGAAACCCUCAAGACAGGGAAUCUGAAGAUGGACGAAGAAGUUGAGAAGUGCCACAGAGCUCUCGAGAAGCUGAAGUUCAGGAAAGAGAAAGAAGCCGAGCAGUGUCUUAGAACCCUCAAGGACGGGGACUUGAAGAAGUACCAAGAAACUAAGAUGUUCAUCAAAUUCCUCGAGAAAUUGAGGUCGAAGGUGGACGAGGAAGUUCGGAAGUUCUUUAGAGCUCUCAAGAAGCUGAUGUUCAGGAGAGACAAAGAAGGCGAGAAGUUUCUUCAAACUUUCGAGAGAGCGAAGUUGGACAUGGACGAACAAAAACUGAGGUUCAAGGAGGACAAAGAAGCUGAGAAGUCUCUCGAAACCCUCGAAGAAGAGGAGUUGGAGAUCGACGAAGAAUCUGCCCGAAGAUCUUCCACGAAUGAAACGCAAAAGAAGCGACACUGA